UCGCGCCAGCGACAACCUCAACGUCAUUCCUCCCAACCCAAGCAGGAUCUCGAUAAACAAACAACAAAACCUCCACACAUGCAUCUUCGCCCACCACUCUCGAAACUCGACCACUUCACAAUUGAUCCAGUUGUGACAACUCCUAUCAAGACAUUGGCACCAUCUCCUUCUUGGCACCCAGAAGCAGGAUCUCUUCGUGUUAAGGAUGCCCAGGAAACACCACGCAGACACGUUAACACCGACAACAACACUACGAAACCCGUUUUUGAAAUGCCUUCUACCGCUUCCUACGUCCAGGCAAUGCCCUCAAGCCCUGUUCAGAUUCCCGUGAGGCCGAGGUCGCGCGACGCUGCCCACCAGCAGAAGCAGCGUCGCCACACUGUUGACCGGAAACAUCACUCGUCGCCCCGUCCCAGGGAUGUGCACUCCCCCGAUGCUAUUCCAUCCUCGGUGGCCGCCCUACUUGCCAUGACGAGCAUCCCAAAACCAAGGGCUGCCCGAAGCGCUCGUCAGGCCAAGACUCUUCGGGAGAGGAGGAUGACAGUUGAUGCCAUCAUUGCCCAGUCACACGAGUCUGAGAAGGAAUUCAGUCUUUCGUUGGGUAACAAAGGCCCUUUGGACCUGCUUCUGACACCACCUGAGCUCCUGGAGGACGACGAUUCUUCCUCUAUCAGCGAUAGCAACAUCGGGUCUUUGCUCUCGUCCAGGACUCUCUCAUCAGACUCGACGCCAUCGCUCAGCGAUUCUUUCGACACCGAUACGCUUUCGCGACGCAAGAUCCACCCAACCAGACGGUCUUUGGAGCCCGUAUUAUCCCCCACGGGAGAGCUGGAGGGCCACCCAUUAUCAUCUCCCGAAAUUGUGGAUGACGAGCUGGAUUUCCGCGUUUUUGAGGACAAGCGCGAAGAGGUGGAGGAAAAGAAGCACUCCAGGCUCGGUUUCAGACCCUUCAAGUCGGUAUUCAAGUCGAACCUUACUGCGUCAUUGCGUGCGCUUCGUCAAGCUGCCAAGUCCUUUUCGAAUCUCAACUUCCCGUCCAUUCCCCCAGAGGACUUCCUUACCCGAUCGAUCUUGACACUCGACCCACAAGUCCCCUUUACCGAUGAACGCAGGCCCCCGCUGCUCGAAGAGGAGCCGACGGCCGCUCUGCGUCGCUACCUUAACCCGACUACGACGGUCCGGCUGGAGCAGCCUCACUCUGCCACCCAAGCGCCGACUACCAAAGUGUUCACGGCGUCUAUUCAGAUGCAAACGUACAGGGUUCAGCGAGCCCGGGGCUCCUCUACUUCCUCCGGUCGGGUCCCUUGCCCAUCUGUCGGUCUCUCAUCCACGUCGCAAGCGCAGCAACCUUCCAACGCCAAAUCCGAGUAUCCUAUGCCUGGACCAAGACAGCGCGAGAUGCGCGAGAACUCUGAUUUCAUUCGCAUUGCGGUUAUGGAGAUGGCCAUGCGGAAAUGCGGCAAGCUUGAUGAUCAGAAGCCAGGCCGAGCUCGGUGGGCGCUUCCUCCCCGUAAGACGAGCACGAAGCCGUAUGUGGUUGGCGCUGACGGGGUGCCUGCUCGAUGGGUCGCCGUCACUUACACGUGCUAGCUACAUAGCUGGCGCGUCUGAAAGAUCCACCAACACCAGACCCCGACGCAUAAAACAUGUCUGGCUCGAACGGGAACCAAUGCUCUCCGCAUUUGGUCCCUAGGAGCUAAGAGCAACCUCUUACGUCACAUUUCGCCGAACCCCUUCGUCCCGGCUGACAAAGUCUUACUGCCAUGCGCGUUUCUGCAGCGCUGUCGGCCACUUAUGUCCUGCACCCAGUAGGGGUAUGGUCAUUGCUCGAUAUCCACCAGCUCACAGCAAUAUUGGCGGGCACUAUUUACCGCAAGUGAAGUUGGAUGGAAAUUUUCCCCACUGGCUGCUUGGGUUUUCUUUUCGGUGUCAAGAAUUCGAUCGGCCGCCGUCGCUCUGGGAUGGCGGACAAGCCCCCCGUUCACUAUGCGUGGGAGUGGGUCCGUCAACUCCCGCUUUUUUGCUGUCACCAAGAUGGUUCGAUGCUCUUCGACAUGCGCUCGAUUGAACUUCCGGGGGAAUAAGAAACUGCAUGCGGACAGAUCGAUUAUUUGUUGCUCAUCGCCCGCGGAAGUUCAGUCCAACGUCUUCUGAUGAGCCACCACGCGACUGCAGCCAGAUCAAAGUCUUCUCGAGCCUUCGGGAUUCUCGGCUUUAGGGGUUUGUUCGUUGGUCGAGAACAUUGGUGCGGCAACCUGGAACACAAUGUGGCCUUCGGCAUUAUUACCCCUUCAGGUGUCGGUCAUAUUUUUGCCGGAAAACCCACCGUGUACAUUUGUUUAUUUUUCUCUCUCAUCUUGUGUUCUGCAGCAUUGCAUCGUUACAUACCCAUCUCCUUUCCAUUGUUACACAAUGCCCCUCCCGCCUUUUUGGAUAUGGCGAAAGGGGACAGCACAUCAUCAUCAUUAUCAUCAGCGUUAUUCUAGCAUCUUGUUAUUACCUGGCAUGGCAUUUGGAGAGGCGUUUCAGAACUUGGUUAUUGGAUUUUGGUUGGUGGUUGGUUCCAAUUGUCUUGGACACGUCGAGAAAUGAGAUACCAUCUUCGCAUACAUGUGGGUAUUUACCUUUGAGAGGGUUGUGAAGAGAACACACAAGUAGAUACAUAUCUAUAUUACUAUAUCUAUCCAACC